AUGGAUAGUCCAGACCGGGGUUUGAACCCGGGACCUUCCAAUUAUGCAUCGGGUGCUCUCCCAACUCCGCCGGGGAAGGGGAACAGGAUAAUUCUCCAUAUAAUUUUUGUAAGAAAAAUUACUGAAAAAAUGGAUAGUCCAGACCGGGAUUUGAACCCGGGACCUUCCGAUUAUGCGUCCCGGGAUCAUCAAGACGGGAACCAUUUCUUCCAUUCACUUUUCUUGCCUUUUCUUGCCGGGGUGCUCCUCGGGGUUGGUUGGGGGAGCGGAGAGACCAUCACAACACCGCGGAAGGUCCUUGAGCAUCUGGUUCGCGGGCACUUUCCGGAGUCUACUAUAGAGCACCCUGGAGAGUGCCCGGAGGUGGGCUGGACACGAACAGGAAGCAGCGCACCCGACUGGGAGCUAGCCGCAAAAAUAGUAACGCUGGACAGGCUGCAAUGGGCGGUGGCCUCCUUCGAAAUGUGGCGGGAAGUCAGGGUUGCCUUUAUCCCCAAACCGGGUAAAUGCAGCUAUGACAAUGCGAAAGCCUACAGACCAAUCAGUCUAAGCUCCUUCUUGUUGAAGACGCUGGAAAGGCUGGUCGACAGGCAGAUUAAGGAGGGGGCACUGAGGUUUAACCAGAUUUGCUCCUCACAACAUGCUUACCAAGCUGGCAGAUCUACUGAGACUGCGCUGCACCACUUGGUAGGCACAAUAGAAAAUGCAAAGGAAAGAGGGGUGGACACCCUUGGUGUCUUUAUAGACAUCGAAGGGGCCUUCAACAACACCUCCUUUGAUACGCUGGAGAAAGCGGCGGCAUCUUUUGGGAUCGAGGAGUCGGUCUCCAAAUGGAUAGCCGCCAUGCUCCGAACUAGAGUUGUCCACUCCACCCUUGGGGACAGUGCGGUAAGGGCUGUGAAGGCGCGGGGCUGCCCGCAGGGGGGGGUUAUCUCCCCUCUGCUAUGGUUCCUCGUUGUCGACGGCCUCCUCACUGGGCUCGAGGAGCUGGGUAUAAGGACAGUCGCGUAUGCAGAUGAUGUGGCACUGCUGGUAACUAGCAGGGACGCGAGCAUGCUACAUGGCAAAAUGCAGAAGGCGCUGGACUAUGUUCAGCACUGGUGCACAUCGAAGGGCCUAAGGGUAAACCCAGGCAAAACGGAGAUGGUGCACUUUACAAGCAGAAGGAGGGCUGCCGUUAAAGCUCCCUCCAUCUACAACACAGUGCAGAAUUUCUCGACAGAAGUCAACUACCUAGGUAUUUGGCUGGACAAGAAGCUCAGCUGGAAAAAGCACAUCGCUAUGCAGACCAACAACGUCACUAUGACAUACUGGGCAUGCAGGCGAAUGUUCGGAAGCACAUGGGGUCUAAGGCCGAGGAUGGUGAAGUGGAUCUACACGGCGAUUAUGACCCCACAGCUAACAUACGCAGCCGCAGUGUGGUGGUCAGCCUUGAAUAACGCCUGCCACAGGAAAGCGGUGGACAGAGUAGGCAGGCUUGCGAUGCUGGGCAUAACAGGGGCCCUUCGAACGACCCCGUGCUCAGCAUUGGAGGCCCUGGUCUUCAUGCAACCGCCACACCUGAUUAUAAGGGAGGAGGCGACAAAAGCGGCUGCAACACUGCGGCUGCAGGGAACGUGGAAGGGGGCCAGGAACGGGCAUGCUAGUGUCCUCCGCACAGACAGAGAGCUGGAAGGGCUACUAUCGCGCGGUGCUGACGCCUGCAGACCCAGAUGGCACUUUCGCAGAAAGUUCUCUGUCAACCUUGGAUGGGGGGAAACCCCGUCAGGAAAGGACGCGGACUGGGCGCCGCCCCGUGGACUGAUCUGGUAUACGGAUGGUUCACGGGUGAGCGGACGGGUGGGAGCGGGGGUCUGGUCAGAGGUGCCCGCAAUAGCGAGGGCCAUCGGACUGGACUCGCACGCAACCGCGCUCCAGACUGAGCUGGCUGCCCUGAGGACCUGCUCCAGGAUGAUCCUGGGGAGAGGGGACAAGGGCAAAAAGAUCUUCAUCUUCUCAGACAGCAGACGCGCGCUGAGGUCAAUACUCAGGUACGAGUGUUGCUCCAAGUUAGUGAGUGAAUGCGUUGAGCGGAUGGAGGAAAUUGCCGUAAACAAUCGGCUUGAGGUGGCUUGGAUUCCGGGCCACGCUGGCAUCAAAGGCAAUGAGAAGGCCGAUGAGCUAGCAAAGAACGGCAGCAGUAGGGCCUUUCAGGGGGAGGUGGAGCACGUAGGCGUGCACACCGACUUUGUGAACGACCUGGUCAAGGAGCGUGGGGAUAGGAGGAUUGUGGAGAGGUGGGACUCGGAGACGGGUGCCAGACACACGAAAUCCUUCUUAGGAAAACCCACUUGGAAGAUUCCAGAAACUUUGUUGGGCCUAAACAGGGCUAAGCUCGGCGCUAUAGUGGGGCUUAUCACUGGACACUGGCCCCUGGCUCUGUAUUUAUCAAGGAUAGGCAAGGGGACUAACCCCCUAUGCAAAAGAUGCGGGUUGACGGAGGAGGAUCCUCUUCACCUAUGCACAAGAUGCAGCGGGCUCGAUGAGGUCUGGUGGGAUGUUUUUGGGUCUGCAUGCACAGAUAUAUGGAUCGACAGGGACGGGAUCAAGGGGCUCUAUGAGUUUGCUCGUAGGGCACUGAUACUCGAUACCAGCGAUAGACGGCUGCCUAAGGGCAGGGUGUAA